GUUCUACAACAAUCCUCUUCUACCUCGUAUCAAAUUAAACAUCCCUUUUAGUUUACCAAAAUGGAGUCAGACGAGAUAGAAUGCUUCACUCGACGCUUCAACGCCAUGGAAGUCACAUUCCCUGAUACUGCCGAAACAUGGGUCUUGACUAAAAAGUUAUCCGACACGGCCUGUCAGUAUACUCAAAGCGACUUCGAACUUCUCGGCGGUCCCUCUGGUGCCUAUGGUACAUUCGAAUGCCACCGUGCAGGCAACCCGAGCGACACAGCCAUCAUGAAGAUAUUCAUGCAAGUUCCACAUGGAGGAUCAGGAGGACAGACGCAGUCAGAGAUGGCAGGUCAAGCUUCGGAAAAGCUCGACUAUUAUGCGCGGUCUGCAUUGGAGGGCUACAAGCAGCUGAAGCAAGCGGGUUGCACGUCCACGCCUCGUCUGAUGGGCUACAAAAUCGACAGGCAGGGAAGGGAUGAGCUGGUUCCUGGCGGAUAUAUGGUGUAUAUGCUGCUUGGGAAAGUGCCAGGUGUUCAGCUCGACACUGUUUAUUGGAGCAUGAGUCCUGAAGUGCGCGAGAAGAUCCGCGGCCUAUUCCGGGUUGCUCUAGAGGAUUGUCUCAAUUGCGGUGUUCACAUCGUGGACACGAACAUGGCUAAUCUUGUCUGGGACGGAGAUAAUGAUAAGAUCUGCAUCACUGGAAUACGCAAUUCCGAGCCUGCUGGGCCCCAUAAUGUCUGGAGAGAUCUCGAGUGGAUUUUGUGGGGUCUGGUUGUGCCUCCCAGGGGUUAUAUAUACUCAAAGGAAACAAGAGUCCAUCCGGGUACUCCUGGAUGGAAGGUGUAAUCAAAGACAAUCAUCUUGUCUCUGAUAUCAUGAAGAUACAUAUACACAUUGACACAUAGAUUUAAUGGUCUUUAG